CCAGCUAUUUCUACGUCUGCAGUCGUCAACCGCCAGCACCCCACGUAUCAUAAGGAAGCCACCGCCACCACCUACUCCGUGCCAUUUGAAGAAGGAAGAGAAGCAAUCGCCAUUUUGGUCCUUCUGCGCCAGCAGACCCCGAACCAGCAGCAAAUGGAUCACGAUGAGGCACCUCAGCCAGCACCGCGAACGUUCCUAAAGUCGCAGAUUGGAACCACCCACAGCAUACGUUCGGCGAAUCAUCCCACGGAGGAUUAUAAGCGGUGCCGAUUGUGCGCCGGUCAUCAUGCGCUCCGAGUAUGUCCAGCGUUCUUAGGCGUACAGCCACAGCAGCGCUUCUUACUGGCAAGGGCGCACAAGUACUGCACGAACUGCCUGACGCUUUCGCAUCCGACCGCCCAGUGCACGUCCACUACCACCUGCCGCACUUGCUCUCUACAGCAUCAUACACUACUGCACCGGAAUGGUAUACCGGCAGCCCGCCGCACGAGGGCGAACUCCGCAGUGCAGCCCCCCAAACGCCUCGACCAGACAAACAAAAACGCUCCCCAACGUGGGGGAUCAGGGCGUACAUCACCGCCCUACAACCACACCCGACACCAUCCCACCAGAGGGAACCGUAAAGUGCGCUUCACGAGGAAGGGAUUCCAAACUGCUGGCUAUCGUAGCAAGGCUACCAAAAUUUUGGUUCACGAGGCAAUGAGGGCUCUACGGGAGCUGAAGGAUGCACUAGCCGCCUAACGCGGCCAGGGCCGGGAGGAUGGCUACGCGAGCACUGCAACACUUAUAUUUAAUUAACACAAUUUGUAGCUAGCUUACUAGUGUGCAUUUCAUUUUGAAUUUUGUAUCUCUUGAAUUUUGUAUAUUUUGAAUUUGUACUUUGAACUAGCUCUGGUGUGCACCCUUUGUAAGCUUAUCUUAGGAGUGGUUGGCAACGCAUGCCCAACUCGCUCGCUACCAAAUCGCU